AUGAAGAUACUAACACGGCAAUAUCAUACAAUACGACCAAACUAUCGAAAGCUACAACAUAUUCAUUUCCCAGGGAUUUCCUCGUUUCAACAUGGCUUGAAUAUCCAGCAAUCAUUAGUCGAUGCCAAUCUUAAUUAUAAAUCAUUAGAAUUCAAAUAUCGUCGAAUUCAACGACAACAACAACAACAACUACAACAACAGCCUCAAUCUCAACCUCAACAACCCUUCACCAAUAGUAAAGAUACAUCCCUUUUGGACUUGAAAAAUAAGAUUGAAAAAUUACAACCAUUACCAACAAUUCUUACAUUUGAAUUUGAUAAUGUUUAUGCUGGAGGAUUACGACUGAAAUCCGAAGUGUCAACAGAUGAUCUUGAAGGGUUCAAACGUAUAGGAGGACAAUAUUACCAAUUAGAAAGAGGAGGACAAGUUACAUGGCAUGGGAAAGGACAAUUAGUUGCAUAUUUAAUUUUGGAUUUAAAGAAUUUUGUCCAAUUAACAACCAAAUGUUACAUCAAUAAUGUUUUGUUGAAAAGUAUCCAGAAUGUUUUGAAAAAGUCGUAUAAUCUUGAUAGUGUUAUUGGUGUGGAAAACCCUGGAAUUUGGAUUGAAGAUAAUAAAUCGAUACUGCUGUUAUCAGAAUCAUUAAAGAUUAGUAGUGUUGGAGUUAGAAUUCGUCAUGGAAUCACUGAAUAUGGAAUCGCUUUAAAUAUAAAUCCUGACUUGAAAUAUUUGAAUACUUUUGAAAUGUGUGGAUUGAAAAACAAACGGGCAACUUCAAUUCAUGAACAACUUGAUCAUAAUCAUCUUGAGAUCCCGUCAGUUGAACAUGUGGGAAAACUGUUUGUUGAUGAAGUGGCAUUAGCUUUAGAAAUGGAUUCAGUGGAAUAUAUCAAUGCUGAUUCCUUGUAA